UUGGACCCCCUGAGCCCAUUCUGGCCAUGGUGGGUGAAGAUGUUGAGUUGCUUUGUCACCUGUCCCCAAAGAUGAGCGCUGAGUCCAUGGAGCUGAUGUGGCUGCGAUCUGGCCUCAGGCAGGCGGUGUGUGCAUAUGCAGAUGGCAAGGAAGGAACAGAGAUAGCAGAGUAUCGAGGGAGAACGUCGAUUUUAAGAGAGGACAUCGCUGAGGGGAAGGCUGCUCUGCGGAUUCACAAGGUCAGAACCUCUGACAGUGGAACCUACCAGUGUUAUUUCCAAGAUGCCGAUUUCCUUGCAAAAACCCAGGUGGAGCUGAAUGUUGCAGGGUGGACAAAGAAGCAGAACAUGGCGCGAGGUGACAGGUCUCAGGCCUAUGCUGAGUGGAAGAUGGCCCUUUACCAACCUGCGGACGUGAUUCUGGAUCCAGAAACCGCGCACCCCAAACUCCAUAUUUCUGAGGACCAGAGGAGCCUGAAGAGGAUAAAAAAAAGGCAGAACCUGCCAGAAAACCCCAGGAGAUUUCGGGAUCUUUACUGUGUGCUGGGUCGUGAGAGCUUCACCUCAGGGAGACACUUCUGGGAGGUGGAGGUGGGGGACAGGAAACAGUGGCAUUUAGGGGUGUGUAGGGAGAACGUGGAAAGAAAACGUUAUGUUAAAAUAACACCCCAGAAUGGAUUCUGGACAAUAGCACGUUUAAAUAGGAGUGACUUCCGAGCUCAAACGGAUCCCUGGAGCAAACUCAUAAUAGUCAACCCUCCUAAAAGAGUGGGGGUUUUCCUGGACUAUGAGAGGGGGGAGGUCUCAUUCUAUGAUGCCAUCAAUGGAUCGCACAUCUUCACCUUCUCACAGACUCUCUUCUCUUGCCCUCUGUGGCCAGUUUUCUGGAUUUUGUCAGAGGAGCCCACUGCCUUGACCAUUUGCCCAGCACCAAAAGGAGUGAGGAGUUCCCUUCUGCCUGAGCCACUGCCUGGCCCUUCCCUGGAGACCCCAGUGACCUCAGGCUCAGCUAAUGGCAAUGAGGACCCUCAGGCAGAAGAGAGGUCUUUGCUUCCCGCUGCCCAGCCCUGAGCUGAGGGCCUGCUUCACAGCCAAACCUCACAGCAGGAACAUAUUUACAUCAGGAACAUACUUACUAAAAACUCACUGAGUGAAGCACUUUACUAGUUAUCUUUCAACUUUUCCACAUGACAGAUGAGGAGACCCGGGUGCAGGAAGUUAACUUUCCAAAGGUGACUCAGCUCCCUUCUUGCAACCACAGCUCAAUUCACAGUUAACUUAGAAGGUGGUGGGUGCUGGGCUAAGUGCUUCAGGUGAAUCUCACUCCCCAAUCCUCACAACACCCCUGUGAGGUGGCCUCAUGGAAAGUGUGGAAAGGGAGGCAGGGCCCAGGGAAGUGACAUAAUUCAUGCAGAAAGUAGUGCUGCUGGGAGGUGUUUGACCUCUGACCCUCCCUCCACCUCCAGUCUGUUCCUUUGCAGCCAGUUGUUCCUGUUGGGCAGGGUCAUGGGCAGCCUGAGGUUCCCUUCCCAGGGCCCCAGGGAGAAGGCCACUGUAGGUGACUAUGAAGGCCACACCCCACCUGGUUCCUUCAAGGGGGACUGUCAGCCAUGGUCCACUCUCCAUUGGCUGGCUGUCCAUGAUGACGUCGUACACAGAAUGAACUCACAGUGACCACAUCACACGGGGCUGAGAAGGGACUAGAGGCCAAACUCCUCACCAGCUUGUGACCUGUGAUCAUGAAGCUGAACCAACCCUCCAGCUUCAUCCCUAAGGCUCCUGUGUGAGGCAUGAAUUUGGGGGAAAGGGGACAGGUGAACUGCAGUGGAAUUUUUAUCACAUUGUGGCCCCAUCUCCAGGAAAGGGACACUCCACACUGAGCAUGUGCUGAUGUUCCCGGAGUUCCUGUAACUGCUGGGUCCUGGGAAAAGCCACUCCAUCACCAUCACUGUGAUUGUUCACCACUGUUUCCCCUCCACCCGGCAGGUGGUGGUCAGGUUACAUUUGUUAAAUAAAUUGGUUAAUGGUCUUCACUCUGCAUCUGAGCUUCUUCUAGAUUUUCACCCCCACCGUUUACCCACCACAUUUUCACAAAAUCCUUAUUGUAUUCGCUUUGUAAGCUGCUGUAAUAAAAACCACAA